AAAUGAUUCAAUGCAAGGACGGACAGGAGAAGGAGACGCUGAGCUCAACUUACACAGCACUGGACAAAGAAGUGAAGAAGAGUGCUAGGAAGGACAAAAGACGAUUCUACGACAACCUCGCCACUGAAGCUGAGAAGGCAGCAGGCAAAAGGGACCUGAGGACACUAUAUCAGAUAACCAAAUCUCUAUCCGGGAAGAGAUCAACACAAGCGAAACCUAUAAAAGACAGCCAAGGGAACCCAAUUACCAAGGAAGAAAAACAGAUUAAACAAUGGGCGGAUCACUUCAAAGGACUCUUGAACCGACCAUCACCUGCAACCCGUCCAGAAAUACCAACAACAGCGCGCACACAACUGCAAGUUGACACCAAUCCUCCAACGAGAGCUGAAGUCUUGAACGCAAUCAAGCUUCUGAAAGCUGGAAAAGCAGCCGGACCAGAUGGAAUACCCCCUGAAGCACUGAAAGCAGACCCAGAGACGACAGCAGACAUGCUGACUCCAUUAUUGCAAAAGGUCUGGAAGGAGGGAAAGGUGCCUACUGACUGGAGGAAAGGUUACCUCGUGAAACUACCAAAGAAGGGCGACUUACGCCUCACUCUGCAAGAACUGGCGAGGAAUCAUGCUCCUAUCGACGCCAAGUAAAAUCCUGAGUCGCAUCAUCCUGGAGAGAUUAAAGGACGCACUGGAGACAGAACUCCGACCAGAACAAGCUGGAUUCAGGAAAGGCAAAUCAUGUACUGACCAAAUUGCAACUCUACGCAUCAUCAUCGAACAAAGCAUGGAAUGGCAAUCAAACCUCUACCUCAACUUUAUAGACUUUGAG